ACCAAUCAGAAAGGGUCACUUCUUCAUCAGAACUCUGCACCUUUAUAACAUUGUGAAUUGUGUGUGUUGGUUUUAGUGUACGUUAGUGCGUGUGUGGGUGUAUUACUGUGAUUUUGAUUGGUGCCACUAUGUUUUUUUCAUGGAGAACUUAUUUUAUUAUUCUGAUCUUAUGCCGGUUUCAAACUUCAGCAGAAAGUUCAGAAACAAGCACAGACAGCUCUCCUUCAACUAUAACAGACUCAACCACACCAAAUAGUGACUCUGCCACAACAGCUGGGAGUUCAGAAACAACCAUGGAAAACUCUCCAACAGCAGAUGCAACCACAUCACCCAGUGGCUCUGCCACAACAGCUGAGAGUUUGGAGGCAACCACGGAAAACUCUCCAACAACAGCAGAUGCAACCACAUCACCCAGUGGCUCUGCCACAACAGCUGAGAGUUCGGAGACAACCACGGAAAACUCUCUUAAAACAACAGCAGUUGCAACCACAUCAUCUAGUGGCUCUGCCACAACAGAUGAGGGUUCGGAAACAACCACGGAAAACUCUCCAACAACAGCAGAUGCAACCACAUCACCGAGUGGCUCUGCCACAACAGCUGAGAGUUCAGAGACAACCACGGAAAACUCUCCUACAACUACAGCAGAUGCAAACAUACCAACUACUAGCUCUGCCACAACAGCCGAGAGUUCAGAAACCACUACAGACAACUCUCCUACAAGUACAGCAGAUGGAACCACAUCACCCAGUGACUCUGCCACAACAGCUGAGAGUUCGGAAACAACCACGGACAACUCUCUCACAACAACAGCAGAUGCAACCACAUCACCUUGUGACUCUGCCACAACAGUUGAGAGUUCGGAAACAACCACGGAAAACUCUCCUACAACAAUAGCAGAUGCAACCACAUCACCCAGUGGCUCUGCCACAACAGCUGAGAGUUCGGAAACAACCACGGAAAACUCUCCAACAACAGCGGAUACAACCACAUCACCCAGUGGCUCUGCCACAACAGCUGAGAGUUCGGAAACAACCAUGGAAAACUCCCCUACAACAACAGCAGAUGGAAACACAUCACCUAGUGACUCUGCCACAACAGCUGAGAGUUCGGAAACAACCACGGAAAACUCUCCAACAACAGCAGAUGCAACCACAUCACCCAGUGGCUCUGCCACAACAGCUGAGAGUUCGGAAACAACCACGGAAAACUCUCCAACAACAGCAGAUACAACCACAUCACCCAGUGGCUCUGCCACAACAGCUGAGAGUUCAGAAACAACCACGGAAAACUCUCCUACAACAACAGCAGAUGGAAACACAUCACCUAGUGACUCUGCCACAACAGCUGAGAGUUCGGAAACAACCACGGAAAACUCUCCUACAACAACAGCAGAUGCAACCACAUCACCCAGUGGCUCUGCCACAACAGCUGAGAGUUCGGAAAUAACCACGGAAAACUCUCCUACAACAGCAGAUGCAACCACAUCACCCAGUGGCUCUGCCACAACUGCUGAGAGUUCAGAAACAACCCCAGACAACUCUCCUACGACUACAGCAGAUGCAACCAUACCAACUACUGGCUCUGACAUAACAGCUGAGAGUUCAGAAACAACCAUAGACAACUCUCCUACAACUACAGAUGCAGGCAUGACAAGUAGUGACUCUGACACAACAGCUGAGAACUCAGAAACAACAACAGACAUCUCUCCUACAACUACAGCAGAUGCAAACAUACCAACUACUAGCUCUGCCACAACAGCCGAGAGUUCAGAAACUACUACAGAUAACUCUCCUACAAGUGCAGCAGAUGGAACCACAUCACCCAGUGGCUCUGCCACAACAGUUGAAAGUUCGGAAACAACCACGGACAACUCUCUCACAACAACAGCAGAUACAACCACAUCACCUAGUGACUCUGCCACAACAGGCGAGAGUUCGGAAACAACCAUGGAAAACUCUGCUAUAACAACAGCAGAUGCAACCACAUCACCCAGUGGCUCUGCCACAACAGCUGAGAGUUCGGAAACAACCACGGAAAACUCUCCUACAACAAUAGCAGAUGCAACCACAUCACCCAGUGGCUCUGCCACAACAGCUGAGAAUUCGGAGACAACCGUGGAAAACUCUCCAACAACAGCAGAUGCAACCACAUCACCCAGUGGCUCUGCCACAACAGCUGAGAGUUCGGAAACAACCACGGAAAACUCUCCUACAACAAUAGCAGAUGCAACCACAUCACCCAGUGGCUCUGCCACAACAGCUGAGAGUUCAGAAACAACCCCAGACAACUCUCCAACAACAGCAGAUGCAACCACAUCACCCAGUGGCUCUGCCACAACAGCUGAGAGUUCGGAAACAACCACGGAAAACUCUCCAACAACAGCAGAUGCAACCACAUCACCCAGUGGCUCUGCCACAACAGCUGAGAGUUCGGAAACAACCACGGAAAACUCUCCUACAACAGCAGAUGCAACCACAUCACCCAGUGGCUCUGCCACAACAGCUGAGAGUUCGGAAACAACCACGGAAAACUCUCCUACAACAAUAGCAGAUGCAACCACAUCACCCAGUGGCUCUGCCACAACAGCUGAGAGUUCAGAAACAACCCCAGACAACUCUCCAACAACAGCAGAUGCAACCACAUCACCCAGUGGCUCUGCCACAACAGCUGAGAGUUCGGAAACAACCACGGAAAACUCUCCAACAACAGCAGAUGCAACCACAUCACCCAGUGGCUCUGCCACAACAGCUGAGAGUUCAGAAACAACCACUGAACAUUCUCCUACAUCUACUACAACAAGCAUUACAACUGCUAAUAAUAAACCACCUAUACCAUGUGAAAAUGGUGGAACUCCAACAGCCAAUGGUUGUUACUGCCCCCCUGGUUUUACGGGAAGGCUGUGCAAUACUGUUGAAAUUGAAAUCACAGCUCCAGAUUUCAUUGAAAGGACAGCCAUUGCUGAAAUAGAAAUAAAAGAUGACUAUAUCCCUCAAUACGAAAAUACAUCCUCACACCAAUAUAAAGAAUUUGUACAAAACUUCAGAGAGCAGAUGAUACCAUUCUACAAAAGCCAGAUCAAGAAAUUCUUAAAUAUAACAAAUAUAAUUCUGAGUGCAGGAAAAACUUUCAGGGGCCAAAUGAAGAGCAAGCCAAUAGAGAAGGAAAAAACUAUGUCUAAAAGUGUGAACGUUAAGCAUGAUAUUGUUGUGGAAAUUAAAAACAAUAAUAUUAAUGAGGAAUAUAAAGAAGCCUUUCAGUCUGUCGAAAAUGCUCUUCAAUCAGUUACAAAUUGUACAGAAAACGGCUGCCCAAAUAUGACUGUUUAUGGAUUCCAAGUCAAUGAAACUGAACUGAAUGAAAAAGAGUACUGUGAGGAAGUUACAGCAAUUCUUCCUGAGGAGUAUCGUCAUUAUUUUGCUCCAGCUGUUGUGCUGGGCAAACUAACAUGUGUCAGCCCAUGUCAUCCUGACCAUCCUACUCCAAAAAUCUGCAUGAACAAAGGUACCUGUAUGGUUUCCAAGCAAGGACCAGCCUGCUACUGCCUUCAGUCAGAUGCAAAUUGGUAUCUUGGAGAAGAUUGCAAGUACCAAGUUCACAAAGUCGGCUUCUAUGUUGGAACGGCAGUUGUGGCUGUGGUUUUAGCAUUAGCUGUAGCAGUGCUUUCAGCAUAUGUCAUGCUUAAUAAAAGGAAACAGAAGAGAAAUAAAGACUGUAAGGAAGCUCUUGUGAAUCAGUGGAUAGACGAUGAUUUUGAGUGGCCCUCACAGAAAAGCACAUCUCAUUCAGUUGUUAAUGAAACAUAUGAUAAUCCUGCACAAUCAAAUGGGAAAUUCUUCAGGCAGAGUACCACACCUCACAGAAUCAUCUCUUCCACACAUCCUUCCAUCCCCCAAUUCAACUUGCAUCAAAAUGAAACUUCACUUCAGUAUCUGCACAGCAGUCAUCCUAUGAGAAUCAGCAAACCUCAGAUCUACACCUCUUCAUCAAGGCCAGAAAUGUAUAAUUCUGAUGUAUGAUGUUUUACAUCAUAACACAUUCACAAAUCUAAAAAUCAAAACAGUUAAAAAUUGUCCAUUGCCUCCAUGGAGAAAAGCAUUAAAAUAAUCUAGACAAGAUGAUUAUUGAGUAAACAUUGAGUAAACAUUUUUGAUAAAUUAAAAUAAUGACGAUGACAUAAGAAGCACUUCUUUGCUUCUUAACACAAACAUGAAUAAAAUACAAAUUUCAUGUUUUAAUUAAAAAAAAAAUCUAUAUACUAUUUAUUUAGACUAAUAUAUAAAUGUAUUAAUAAUUUAUAACAUCAUCUAUUGUACAUUAACUGUAUUUGAGUCACUUACAAUAUUUAUUGCAUCGCUAACGUUGUAUAUGUAAAUGUGGGAGGUUUGGCACAACCAAAUGGAACUCUGUGAAAGUAAGCUGUAUUUUUUAUUAUUAAUUUUUUUACACUUAGCCCGUAUAAUUCCAUUAAAUGGGGAAAUUCCCAACAUUGCCAUA